AUGGUGACUGACUGUUUCCCAGUUGAUGAGUACAGUAGGAGGUACUAUCUCCAGAUCACGUAUGGGAUAAUCUUUGUAUUGGGGCUUGUGGGAAACAUCACCUCAAUCAUCAUCUACGUGGUCAGGCUGCGGCCAUGGAAGAGCAGCAGCAUCAUCAUGGUGAACCUUGCCUUGGCAGACCUCCUGUACAUUCUGAGUCCUUCCUGGUCCACUACUACAUCCAGGACGACUGGAUCAUGGGCGACGUCAUGUGUCCCAUUUUCUGCUUUAGCUCUUACUUCAACCUGUACUUUAACCUUACAUUACUGUAAACUGCACAGCAUUGUGGAAUUGUCAACUUGGAACAUUUUUGUCGGCUUAAGCUCCUACUUCAACCUGUACGGCAGCAUCCUCUUCCUCACCUGCCUGAGUGAGUUCCACUAUGUGGUCGUGGUCCACCCGCUGAGGGCAGCCCAGUGUCUGGAUUUUUCUAGUAAUGAUCCAGGAGAGGUGUGGGUCUAUGCCUGGCUACUCACAGUCCUGAGCUACCUACUCCCCCUAGUGGGUCUAUGCCUGGCUACUCACAGUCCUGAGCUACCUACUCCCCCUAAAUACGUGUAUGUGUAUGUGAGCCGGGUGCGUGCCCGCAGGCUGGCUGUGCUGAUCCUGGUUGUGUUUUUAAUGUGCUUCAUCCUCUUCUACAUCCUCCGUGCCCUGCGGAUGUAUACCCGGAUGGAAGCCAAAACACUGGUGCCCUGUAUACUGCUGAGGGGGGUCAAUUAAGCAUUAAGGCCAGAAGGGGUGUGAUAUAUGGCUAAUAUACCACGACUAAGGGCUAUUCUUACGCACAACGCAACGUGGAGUGCCUGGACACAGCCCUUAGCCAUGGUAUAUUGGCCAUAUAUCACAAACAUCCGAGGUGCCUUAUUGCUAUCAUAAACUGUUUACCAAUGUAAUUAGAGCAGUAAAAUAUAUAUAUGUUAUUUUCAUAUCCGUGGUAUAUGGCUUUCAGCCAAUCAACAUUCAGGG